AUGCCGCGUUCGUUCCUUGUUAAGAGCAAGAAGGCUCACAGUUACCACCAGCCGCGUUCCCCGGGACCCGACUAUUCCCUCCGACCGGAGAGCGUGCCGGCGCCGGGCGCAGCAGACAGCACCUCGAGCGCAGGGGGGGCGAAGGCGGAGCCCCGGGACCGUUUGUCCCCCGAGUCACAGCUGACUGAAGCCCCUGACAGAGCCUCCGAGUCCCCCGGCAGCUGCGAGGGCAGCGUCUGCGAUCGGAGCUCGGAAUUUGAGGACUUCUGGAGGCCUCCGUCGCCCUCUGUGUCUCCAGCCUCCGAGAAGUCGGUGUGCCCGUCGCUGGACGAAGCUCAGCCCUUCCCCCUGUCCUUCAAGCCGUACUCGUGGAGCGGCCUGGCGGGCUCCGACCUGCGGAGUUUGGUGCAGAGCUACCGGCCGUGUGCGGCCCUGGAGCGCGGCGCUGGCCUGGGCCUCUUCUGCGAGCGCGCCCCGCGGCCCUCUCCCUGGCCCCACCCGCCUCAGGUGUUCUCCACGCCGCACGGGCUCGAGGUGCACGUGCGCAGGUCUCACAGCGGCACGAGACCCUUUGCGUGUGAGAUUUGCGGCAAGACCUUCGGGCACGCGGUGAGCCUGGAGCAGCACAAGGCGGUGCACUCACAGGAAAGGAGCUUUGACUGUAAGAUCUGUGGCAAGAGCUUCAAGAGGUCCUCGACGUUGUCCACACACCUCCUCAUCCACUCAGACACCCGGCCCUACCCCUGUCAGUACUGUGGCAAGAGGUUCCAUCAGAAGUCAGACAUGAAAAAACACACCUUCAUCCACACCGGUGAGAAGCCCCACAAGUGCCAGGUGUGCGGCAAGGCUUUCAGCCAGAGCUCCAACCUCAUCACCCACAGCCGCAAGCACACCGGCUUCAAGCCCUUCGGCUGUGACCUGUGUGGGAAGGGCUUCCAGAGGAAGGUGGACCUCAGGCGGCACCGGGAGACACAGCAUGGGCUCAAAUGA